GCCCCAGAUACCCAGCCUGCCCCCUUGAGGGAGGAGCACCGCCAUUCACAGUGGGCACCGCCAGGUCCUCCGGGUGGGAGGGUAACACAUUCUUACCUCAAGACUAGUCGGGGCAAGGAUGGGCCUGUGGAACAAACUAGACAAGGUGUCACACGGCCGGAUGGCAGGCAGAAACGAGGCUUAGCGUCCCCCAGGCCGACAGGACUUCCGCCUCGAGACCGGCCCGUCCGAGGGAAGGCCGGCCUGUUGAGAAGCCCCCUACUCGCCCCAAGUCACCACUCCCCAGGCCCCCUGGCGCCAUGGCCAGCAAGAGGAAAUCCACGACCCCGUGCAUGCUCCGGGCUGUGCAGCCUGGGGUGAAGAGGGAGGCUGCAGGCACUCCGAUGGCCGAACCCGGGGGAGCGGGAGGAGGAGGAGGAGGAGACGCCCCCGAGGCCAAGGCGAGGAGCGAACCCCAGCCCAAGAAGCUCCAGGGGGGCUAUGAGUGCAAAUACUGCCCCUACUCCACGCAGAACCUGAACGAGUUCACAGAGCACGUGGACCUGCACCACCCCAAUGUGAUCCUCAACCCCCUGUACGUGUGCGCUGAGUGCGACUUCACCACCAAGAAGUACGACUCCCUGUCGGACCACAACGCCCGCCACCACCCAGGGGAGACCAACUUCAAGCUCAAGCUGCUCAAGCGCAACAACCAGACGGUACUGGAACAGUCUAUCGAGGCCCCUGCUGGCCGCACCGACCCUGAGAACCCUGGGCCGGGGAAGACCAGGGGAGUUCGGAGGGUGGAGGAGGAGCCAGCGGGGGGCAUCCCCCGCCUCAACGGGGCAGAGCCGCUGCGGGCCCCCGCGGGCCACGUCACGCCCUCGGUCCAGCCACCCCCGAACAUCCACCUGGUCCCUAAGGUGCCCGUCCCCCUGAACAGUGCCAAGUACGACUCGGCCCUGGACACCAAUGCCACCAUGAUCGGCUCCUUCAACCGGUUCCCCUACCCGACCCAGGCGGAACUGUCAUGGCUGACAGCCGCCUCCCGGCACCCUGAGGAACACAUCAGGGUCUGGUUUGCCACCCAGCGGCUGAAGCACGGCAUCAGCUGGUCCCCGGAGGAGGUGGAGGAGGCCCGCAAGAAGAUGUUCAACGGCACCAUCCCCCCGGCCCCACCCACCCUCGCUGUCCUGCCAGCCCAGAUGCCCCGGCCCGGCCCGCGGACCGCCGUGCCCUGCCAGAUCCUCGGCCCCGCGGGCCUGGUCCUGGCCCAGGUGGCUGACGCCCCAGCGGUCCCCUGCUCUCCUGUUGCACUGGCAGUGGCCGGGGGACCCGCCCCCGGCCAGAAGCGCCCGCCCCCAGACCCCCGGCCCGCCCUGGAGACCAAGCGGGCCCAGGCGGCGGCCCCCUCCCCCUCGGCCCCGCCUGGUGACCGGAAGAAGACCAAGGAGCAGAUUGCCGCCCUCAAGGCCAGCUUCCUGGCCAGCCAGUUCCCCGCCGAGGCCGAGGUCUACCGGCUCAUCGGGGUCACCGGCCUCUCGCGCAGCGAGAUCAAGAAGUGGUUCAGCGAUCACCGGUAUCGCAGCCAGAGGGGCAUUGUCCACAUCACCAGCGAGUCCUUGGCCAAGGACCGUCUGGCCAUCGCGGCCACCCGCCACCCCCGUGGCCGCAGGGCCGGCCUGGACACUGCCCCCCGGCACUUUGGGGAGAAGACCCCCACCCCGGGGGAGCCAGGGAGGCUUGGGGUGGAGGCCGACCCCUGGUUCUCGGAACGGAGGCAGCUGGGGGAUGGCAGGGAACGGGUCUUGGCGGAAUCCGGGGCCCCGAAUGGUGCCCCGCGGCCCGGCCCCGCAGCCCCCUGCCCAGCCCCGCCCGAGAGUCGGGAGCAGGUCCGUCUCCUGCGGGCCACCUUCUCCCGAACCCAGUGGCCCACCCCUCAGGAAUAUGACCGGCUGGCUGCCCAGACGGGCCUCGUCCGGACCGAGAUUGUGCGCUGGUUCAAGGAAAACCGGGGCCUGCUCAGGACCGGGACGCUCAAGUGGGUCGUCCAGCCCCGGGACGGGGCCGAGGACUGCGGCCAUGAGCCCCUCCCCCCCUGGAGGGGGGCCGGGCCCCCAGCCGACAGCCCACAGAAUGGGAGAGGGGAGGUCCGGCUGCGUCCCCGGGGUGAUGAGGAGGAGGAGGAGGAGGAAGUGGAGGACCGGCCGGCGGCGGUCGGAGCCGAGGCAGGGGGUGGGGGCCAGGAUGGCCUUGGUGGGGAUGGGCACGAGGAAGCCAGCGGCGUGGACUGGGUAGAAGUGACCGUCGGGGAGGACGAUGCCGUCUCAGACGGCCCGGGAGGGCUCGCCCACUCAGACCCGGAAAUCUUAUCUGGGGAGGCCUGCCUGGCUUAGACGAAGGAAACCAGUCUGCCCUGCUGUCCUGAACACUGAGGAGGAAAUCCGUCUUUGAAGAUAGGAUGGAAUCGACAUUUCCCUUCUUUGGGACGAGAUCACCGGUGGUGGGUUGAUCAGCAAACGCAGAAGCUCUGCGGAAGCAAUCUAUCAGUCGGCUCUCAUGGAGCUCCGGAUGAGUCGUUCAUAGUGCCAAAGUCCAACUACUGCAUAAUCUGAAAGGGUCUUGUAAAUAAAGAGGUCUCGCGCUCCCUCCGCCCCUGCCCUACCAGAACCGAUUUAUACAGCGUGGGAGAUCUAUUACCUGUUACUUUUCGAUUGUAUGCCAUUGCGAGGUAUCUGGAGAUUUCGUUCUCUUUUCUUUCUCUCCCCAUUCCCCCCCUCCUUUUUUUUUUGGUUUGGUAGCAUUAGUCACCACACUAUAUCAACUUUUGCUUUCAACAACAGUUUAGGGUUUUGUUUCUUUGUUGUUGGUUUUUUUUUUCCCCCCAAACUUGGUGCACCGAGACGUAAACCCAGGUUUCGUCCGAGAGAUUGUUUACAAACGGCAACUACCAGCGCAACCCAGCUGCGCAUGAUGGAGUACAGUUUCUAUGCCGCUGGAGGCAGAUUCCCACUUCGAACCUGCUAGAUCUCACUGUCAGUUGGUCGGUCAUAUUUAUCGAGGGCUUACUGUGUGCAGAGCACUGUACUAAGCGCUUGGGAGAGGACAGUACAGCAGAGGUGGUAUACAUGUUCCCUGCCCACAAGGAGCCGCGUGGCCUAGGGGUUGGAGCCCGUGCCUGGGAAUCAGGAGGAACUCAAUCGUAUUUUUUGAACGCUUACUGUGUGCAUUGCACUGGACUAAGCGCUUGGGAGAGGACAAUAGAGGAAUAGACAGCAGCAAGACGGGGAGACAGUUAUGACUGUACUGUGGGACUUCACAGAGCUCCAUGGCAUAUUUCUGUCGUCUUUUAAGCACCUCUUGGAGGGCUGAGGGAGCUGACUUUAUUUCGCUCGAUUCUGUUUGAAGUGAAAUUCCUUUCUGCUUUACACGGUACAGAUUUGUGAUUUCUAGAUCUUCCCAGCUGGAGGGCGACAGCGACAAAAUAUAUGUCAGCCUCGCCUCUGAAUUUCUAGGUCGAUUUGAGAUCCUGGAAGUGCACUUUUCAAAAAACCCUAAACUGUUUUUUUGCGGGGAAGACAUAUCUGAUGUAAAUGUGGCAAUGCAGAUUGUUAUGUUUGCAGAUUAUAUCCCUCUUUCAAAACACUGCACAAAUAUAAUGCUAGGGAGUUUGGAUAAAAAAACUUUUUUAACUCGUUGCUCAUUUGUUGUAACUCAAUAAAAAAAGAUGAAUCAUUUUUGUAACCUUU